AUGGCCUCGGCCACGUGCAUUCAGCAGCAUCAGCCCAGCCGAGCUCUGCCCCAGACACGGCGGGGCUCUGGGUCGACGUGGACAGGGCAGCAAGUUCGCAGAAGGAGGAAGGGCCGGCCUGAGGAAAGGCCGCAGAGGCUGUCCCUUCGAGGAAGCUACGAGGACAAAGGUGGACAGGUCCUCAAGCUUGAAGGGCUCGUGCACAGUGACCAGCUGUUGGCGGCUGGAACCCACCCAGCUGUGCUGCAGAGGAAAGGCCUGGAGACCCGCCUGCAGCCGGGGAAAGGCCGCGGGGAAGUCCUCUCCGGCAAACACAGCUUAGCGCCACAGGUAGAGCUGGGUGAGCAGGGCCAGGGGAGGGCGACGUGGGACCCUGACAUCCAUCAGACCCGCAGCCUGCAGGGACCACCCCAGCUCCCACACACGUCAGCCCUUCAGCUGAACCCGCGGGCGCCCGCCCGCCUGAGCGGCUCUGUCCUCUUCGCCUACAGGCUGCGCAGCCCCUGGGUGCCCUCGUGCCUUGGGCAGCCCCACGUCCUGCAAGGCCGGCUGGCCAGGUCCUCACCCUCACUCUGGGACAGCGCGUUGCAGGAGCAGAAGGGCGAGCUGCGCAAGCGGCUGUCCUACACGACGCACAAGCUGGAGAAGCUGGAGACCGAGUUCGACUCCACGCGCCACUACCUGGAGAUCGAGCUGCGGCGCGCGCAGGAGGAGCUCGAGAAGGUCACGGAGAAGCUGCGCAGGAUUCAGAGCAACUACCUGGCCCUGCAGAGAAUCAACCAGGAGCUGGAGGACAAGCUGUACCGUAUGGGCCAGCACUAUGAAGAAGAGAAGCGGGCCCUUAGCCAUGAGAUUGUUGCCCUCAACAGCCACCUGCUGGAGGCCAAGGUGACCAUCGACAAGCUAUCGGAGGAUAACGAACUCUAUAGGAAGGACUGUAACCUAGCGGCCCAGCUGCUGCAGUGCAGCCAGACCUACGGCAGGGUCCAUAAGGUGUCCGAGCUGCCCUCGGACUUCCAGGAGCGCGUGAACCUGCACGUGGAGAAGCACGGCUGCAGCCUGCCCUCGUCCCUCUGCCACCCGGCCUACGCCGACAGCGUGCCCACCUGCGUCAUCGCCAAGGUGCUGGAGAAGCCCGACCCCGCCAGCCUGUCCUCCCGCCUGUCAGACGCCUCGGCUCGAGAUCUGGCCUUCCGUGACGGGCUGGAGAAGCCAGGCCCGCGGCCCCCGUACAAAGGGGACGUCUACUGCAGCGAUACGGCCCUCUACUGCCCCGAGGAGCGGCAGCAUGACCGCAGGCCCAGCGUGGAUGCGCCCGUGACCGACGUGGGCUUCCUGCGGGCUCAGAACUCCACCGACAGCGCAGCCGAGGAGGAGGAGGAGGCCGAGGCCGCGGCCUUCCCCACUGGCUUCCGGCACGACGCCUUUCCCGGCUACGCGGGCUCACUGCCCACGUCCAGCUCGUACUCCAGCUUCAGUGCCACAUCCGAGGAGAAGGAGCACGCCCAGGCCAGCACACUCACCGCCUCCCAGCAGGCCAUCUACCUGAACAGCCGCGAGGAGCUCUUUGACCGUAAGCCGCCCGCCACCACCGCCUACGAGGGCAGUCCACGCUUCGCCAAGGCCACGGCCACGGUGGCCACCCCACUUGAGGCAGAAGUGGCCCCGGUCUUCGCGCGGACUGUGUCACCCUAUCCAGCUGAGCCUUUCCGCUUCCCGGCCUCGCCAGGCCCCCGGCAGGCCCUGAUGCCCCCCAACCUGUGGAGCCUGCAGGCUAAGCCGGGGUCUGCCCGGCUGCCCGGGGAGGGCGUGCGGGGCCAGUGGCGUCCCCUGAGCGUGGAGGACAUCGGCACCUACUCCUACCCGGCUGGUACCACGGGCCGCGCCUCGCCCUGCAGCUUCUCCGAACGCUACUACAGCGGCGGAGGCAGCCCAGGCAAGAAGGCCGAGGGCCGCGCCAGCCCCCUCUAUGCCAGCUACAAGGCGGACAGCUUCUCGGAGGGUGAUGACCUCUCCCAGGGCCACCUGGCCGAGCCCUGCUUCCUGCGGGCGGGUGGCGACCUCAGCCUGAGCCCCAGCCGCUCUGCCGACCCGCUGCCUGGUUAUGCGCCCAGUGAGGGAGACGGGGAGCGGCUGUGCAGGGCAGGCGGCAGCCCUGAGCCCGGGCGCGGCCCGGGUUACGACAGUGGCCACAGCCCGCACAGUUCCCGGGACUCCCUGGAACCCAGCUCCAUGGAGGCCUCGCCAGAGAUGCGUCCCGCAGCCCUCCUCAGUCCCCAGCAGGCCUUCCCUCGGACUGGCAGCUCGGGGCUGAGCCGCAAGGACAGCCUCACGAAAGCCCAGCUCUACGGGACCUUGCUCAACUGA